UGAUUUCCAAACUCUUGCCCGUGCAGUCGAUUCUUUCUCCAAAUAUGUCCAGCAAAUCUAUUGUGCUUUUAUUUCUUUUCCAGUCUUCCGUAUUGGCUAAGAUCAAUCUUCACGGAGAACCGCUGUUUACCGGUGUGACAUCGUUUAGCUUUGACAUCUACACUUCAACAACGAUAAAACCGACACCCUGUUUCGUUACGGCCGGUGUUGUUACGCCUUGUCGCCGGAAGCGUGGAAUCAAUGAGAGGCCUCAUUUCGUCUAUUCAGAGAUGUCACCAUCGAGUGUAAUUGGGGUUGAGAUUACCACUGCUCCACAACUAUCGCCAGUCGACGUGAGCUCCAUCGUCAGUUCAAUUGACGAUUCCACUUCGCUGUUUCGACAAUUGAGAGGUCUUGGUAAUGUCAUUUCAGUUGGUGAUUGUGGCCGAUCGACCGUCAAUUUGAGCCAGUUUCUUUCGUGUUUGGGUUUAACUGUCCAAGAAACAGCAACGCUCACGGCCACCUAUACGUUAACUAAGACCUUCUCCACCGGGUAUAGAUCGAUGACUGUAUUAGGUUGCACUCCAUCUGCCUUCCCUUAUGUUAAAUGUCCUGUGACUAAUAGCACAAGUGACAGUACUGAUGAUGUUGUCGUGAUAUGGGAGACUGUGGAGAAUCCAGAAACUACUGAAGAUCCAACUACAGAUUAUCCACAAUAUUUCUUCAGAAGUUAGUUGACACAAGUGCAAUUGUUUGGGCUUUUCAUCUCGACGUAGCAUUGGAUUUUCAUUUUCUUAUUUAUCGUGUGGUUUGUUUGAAUUUAGCUUUACAUUCGAGGAUUCUAUUUAUUAUUUUCAAAUUUUGUUGGAUGCAGGAAAUCUAAUUGUUAUCUAACAAA